UCAGCUUUGAGCUUCUCUCUCAACGACAGAACUCAAGCUUUCAACACUAUAAAUUUUUUUAUUCUUAAAUCUUGUUUUGUCUUACCAUCAUUACCAAAUCAUGCAAGCCGCUACGUCGUGUGAUCUCAAGUUCCGAUCAACAACUCCGACGGCUAGGAACAAAUGUUUCUCUCACGCGAUUCCAAAGCGCGUGGCUGUUACGUGCGGUUAUAGGUCGGAGUCGUUUAGCUUCCCUAACGGUGUCUCCGUGAGUCGAUCUGAUUGGCAAAGCUCAUGUGCCAUUUUAUCUAGCAAAGUUGCUUCUGUUGAAAAUCCCGGUGGUUUAGCCGACAAGAUCGCCGCCGUUAAUGGUCACACGAACGGCUCUGUUAAUCUUGGUAUCGUCGCCGUUGAGUCUACUAACGGAAAAUUAGCUCCGGUUCAGCCGUUGACUAUUACGGAUCUAUCUCCGGCACCGUUGCAUGGUUCUAGUCUACGUGUAGCUUAUCAAGGAGUUCCCGGUGCGUACUCGGAGGCAGCUGCCGGAAAAGCUUAUCCGAAUUGCGACGCAAUUCCUUGUGACCAGUUCGACGUUGCUUUUCAGGCGGUGGAGCUUUGGAUCGCUGAUAGAGCUGUGCUUCCGGUGGAGAACUCACUCGGUGGUUCGAUUCAUCGGAACUAUGAUCUCCUCCUCCGUCACCGUCUUCAUAUUGUUGGAGAAGUUCAGAUUCCGGUUCACCAUUGCCUCCUUGCACUCCCGGGAGUCCGAACGGAUUGUGUUUCGCGGGUGAUCUCUCACCCGCAGGCGCUAGCCCAGACGGAGCACUCACUCGAUGUUCUCACCCCACAUGCCGCGCGUGAGGCUUUCCAUGACACAGCGGCUGCUGCGGAAUACAUCGCAGCCAACGACCUACAUGACACGGCAGCUGUAGCGAGCGCACGCGCCGCUGAGCUCUACAACCUUCAGAUAUUAGCUGAUGGAAUUCAAGACGACCCGGGGAACGUCACGCGCUUCCUAAUGUUAGCGCGUGAGCCAAUAAUCCCACGCACUGACCGACCGUUCAAGACUAGCAUCGUCUUUGCUGCGCAAGAGCACAAAGGAACCAGUGUUCUCUUCAAAGUUCUCUCAGCCUUCGCUUUCAGAGACAUUAGCCUGACCAAGAUCGAGUCCCGGCCUCAUCACAACCGCCCGCUAAGGGUCGUUGGUGACGGGAGCUUCGGGACAUCGAAGAACUUCGAGUAUAUGUUUUACGUGGAUUUUGAAGCGUCGAUGGCGGAGCCGCGUGCACAGAACGCGCUUGCGGAGGUUCAAGAGUACACGUCGUUCCUAAGGGUGUUGGGAAGUUACCCCAUGGAUAUGACACCAUGGUCCAUGACAUCCACAGAAGACGCAUGACCCCAUCGCCAAAAACAAACACACCAAUAAAUUUAUUAAAUUAUU